CCAACUCUCCCGAGAGCCUUGCGACAUAUAUUCCGUCACCGUCCGCCCUUUGCACUGUCACUCAACCAUCGCAGAAGAACCGUCUACCAGCAGAGACGCCCGCCCUCCCAUAUCGCACAUAUCGGGCCAGGAUCUGGGACCCCGCAUAAUCACAUCAACCCUCGGAUCGGGCUAUCCACCACCCCCACACCCAGCCAUGUAUCGUUCCUCGACAGGAGCCCUGGACCGCUUCGACGAUGAGCCGCCUCGAGGCGGAGGAGGAGGCGGCGGCGGCGGUCGGUGGGAUCGUGACAGGUUCGAGCGCAUGCGAGGCGGGACUGUCCGCGGCGAGGGAAGUGUCCGCGGCGAAGAGAGCGUGCGCGGCGGAAGUGUACGCGGCGGCGACCACGACCACUACCGCUUCCAGGAGCACGACCGCUUCCCUGGAGGUCGCCGUGACGUCGAUAUCCACGAAGACCGCGACCGCCGUGGCACUCGUGUGCUCGAGAGGGAGCGCAUCCACGAGGACUCACGCUUCGAGCGACCCGUACGUCGCCGGAACGAGAUCUUCGACGAGCAGACGCCUUCCGAGAUAGCCAACAUGGCUCUUGCGCCAUACCGUCGUGCCUCUGUCAUCGACAGGGAUAUCAACAUCAGCAAGAACCUCGAGCUCGAUGUCGCCUCGAGACGGCGACCUGCCCGACCGCAGUUCAUGCGUCGACAGUCUUCCCUCGACACGUUCGAUCGCCGGCCUCUGCCACGGUAUGGAGACAUUGAGAGGGACGAGUAUCGACCACCUGCCAACGUGCCCAUCCCGCUCCCUGUCCGCUCACGCCAGGCCUCGCCUCCCCGUCGAUUCCGCGACGACCGCGACCGCGACGAGGACGAGUUUGAAGACUUUAGGUUCGUCGAACGAUCCGGAAGAGGACAAGAGCGUGAUGACUACCGCGAGGUCGAGAUUCACAGAGAGAAGAGCAAGGUCCGCAGAAGCAAAAGCGUGGCAAAGUCGACGCGCAGCUCGUCCGCCUCCAGCUUCGAGGAAGCCCAGCCUGAACGUGCCACCUGGGGCAAGAAGGGUCGCACGCGGCUGCCAAAACGGCUGGUCAAGAGGGAGGCCAUCAUUGAGCUCGGCUACCCGUUCGAAGAAGAGGACGACUUCCUCGUCAUCACUCGAGCACUCGAGAAGGAGCAUAUCGAUGAAGUGAUCAAGACGAGCGAGGGCUACAAAGAGGUGGAGAAGACGACAUACGUGUACGAGGAGAAGAUCGAGGACCACCCGCCACCACCUGCUUCAGUCUAUGAUGCUCCCCCUCGACCAGCUUCAGUUUACGAUCCUCCUCCGCGACCAGCUUCGGUAUACGCCCCUCCCCCACCGGCCUCGGUAUACGCACCACCUCCACCAGCUUCAGUCUAUGCACCGCCUCCACCAGCCUCAAUCUAUGCACCGCCUCCGCCAGCUUCGGUAUAUGCCCCACCUCCUCCCCCAUCGAUGCACGCGCCGCCUCCUCCCCCUGCUGUGAUAUACGCAGUUCCGCCACCGGCUCACUCCGUACAUGCCCCACCCCCGCCUCCAUCACACUACGCCCCGUCAGUACAUCCUCCCCCAGCACCACCACAAUACGCGCAAUCCCACUACGCAGAAUCGCACUACGCCAAGUCUGUCCGUGAACCCUCUCCUCCCCCCAGGCACGAACACGAGCGCGAGCACGAGCGUGAGGAAUACGUGCACUUUGAGCGCUCCAACGCCAUGCAUGGACCGGCAACUGCUUUCCUGCCGGAACAACGACAACUCGUGCGCCACCGCCGCUCUGAGCGCGACAUCCGCUCGGAGAUCCGCUCGCUGGAGGAAGAGCGCCGCAUGCUCAAGUACGAGCGUGAUGAGCGUGAUACCGAGUUGGUGGUUCUGGAACGCCGCGAUCCCAAGCGAGAGGUUAUGAGAGUGGAUCGGGAUAGGAAGGUCAUUAGUUUGGGGGCUGAUGAUUUGGACUAGUGAGGAGGGUCAAGGACCGCCCGAACCCGAAGCUUGUUGCUGCUAUGAUGGGGACGCUGUCUUGAGGGUGCGAUGAAGGGAGUGGAUUUGCGGUCUUGUGGGCUGG